GCUUCUCAAAAAUAGGUGAUGGCUCCGGGAGGGUGCGUGGGGAGAGAGCGUUCUGGAAGGGGCACACCCCUGGGCAGGGGAGAAUAAAACCCGCCGCUCCCCGGCCCCAGCCCAGCAGCGCUCCAGCCCCUGCACAGAGCCGAGCCGCAGCACGCACCAGGAGCACGCACCAGGAGCAGAGAUGCUUUGCCGCCUGCACUUCAUGCCGCCCACAUCCAGCUCGCUGUUCCCGUGGCUGGGACCCAUCCGCACCCUCUGGCCGCAUCCAGGCACCCUCUUCGCCGAGCUGGAGCGAGAGCUGCGGCUGGAGAUGGAGAGGGCUCGGGAGUUCAUGAGCAGCUUCGAGCAGUUCCUGAGCAGCGGGAGCAGCCCCAGCCGGAUCGGCAUCGCUGCGGAGCGAGCCCCGAGCACCAGCGCAGCCCUGACCCAGGGCUCCGGGGAGGGCUUCUCCGUCUGCCAGGACGUGAAGGACUUUGCUCCCGAGCAGCUGUCGGUGAAGGUGGUGGGCAGGAAGGUGGUGCUGGUGGGGCAGAAGGAGACGCAGAGCACAGAUGAGAAGGGCUCCUUCUCCUACAAGUACGAGGUGCUGAAGCGGGAGUGGGACGUGCCCGAGGAGGUGGACGCCGAGGCGCUGAAGUGCUCCCUGUCCAAGGAGGGGCAGCUCCGCAUCGAGGCCCCCAGGCUGGCCCUGCCGGCCGUCCCGGAGAGGAACGUGCCCAUCCAGAUGGGGCCGGCGGUGGCGCAGCCGACAUCCAGCACCGACGACGCAGCCGAGCGUGCCAAGGCGUGACGGGGAGCGGCGUAGGGCCGGGCUGAGCCCGGCUGCCAGGGCAGCAGCGGAACCAUGCCAGGGACAGCGCGACGGCCCGGCGGGGGGGUCUCUGCCCAAAACAUGUAGCUUUUUUGAUAUGUAAUAAAUAUUCCUGACUUUUA